AUGACGAUCGAGAGUCGGAAUGGCGAGGACGGGAAAAAGGAAUCGAAGACGCCCGCGGAUUCCUCGAUAUCGAUCGCGUCAACGGACGCGGAAACCGCGCACGAGUCUCCGGCGCUGCGCGGCACUCCGCCAAGCACGCCAAAAGAUGGCGCGAAUUUUGAAAAAGCGCUUCUGCAUUACGGCAGCCGUAAAGGUUUCGUCGUGGGUCUGUUCCUCCUGUGCGCUUCUCCGGGGAUUCUCAAUGGAUUUCACGUGAUGGUCUACGUCUUUUACGGGCACACGCCCAAGCACUGGUGCUCCGUAAGGAUCUUGGAAGAGGCCGGCUGGUCGGCGAGUGAAGUGCGGAACGUCUCGAGCCCGACGCCCGAUGAAUGGUCUAACUGCGCCUAUUACGUUCGGAAUUACGAAUUUCUGCGCGAUCUGGGCUACGAUGAGGCCAUGUUACGGAUUAAGCGCGAAAAGGAGCCGGAAAGGGUCCUCUGCAAAAGAUUCAACUACGAAAUGGAAGAGAGGGGCACCUCCGUCGUGGCGGAGUGGGAUCUCGUCUGCGAGCGACUUGCCUUGAAAGCCACGGUACAGACCGCCGUAUCCAUCGGCAAGUUCCUGGGAGCCUUCUGGUUCGGAUUUCUAGCCGACAAAUACGGCAGAAAGACCUCGUUUACCCUCGCUUCCUGUAUCUGUAUCAUCGCUGGACCCAUCGUGGCGUUUGCGAGCCUUUACUACAUCGUGGUCGUCGCCAGGGUUUGCCUCGGGGUCGCGGGUCUCGGACUCUUCGAGAGCGCUUUCUCGAUCGUCUCCGAAAUCUGCCCUCCGAAUCUACGCUCUACUCUGGGAGUCCUCUACAAUCAAAGUUACCCCCUGGGGAUUGUCGGAGUGGCCAUAAUUGGAUACUACGUGAGAGACUGGAGAAGAUUGCAGCUUUGCAUCUCUUUGCCGGCCCUACUUCUGGUCUUUCACAUAUUUCUGAUACCGGAGAGUCCGCGAUGGCUGUACUAUUCGGGCCGCAAGGCUCGCGCCUGGAAAAUCGUGGGUAAGAUUCGUAAAUUUCUUCCUGUACAACGAGUCUCUUCGACAUCGCUCCCGCAAACGGUCGUCGACGAGAAUGCGACGACGUCGGCCGACGUCAACGUGGACGAGGUCGAGAUAUCCAAUCGGACGGCUUUCGUGAUAAGCUGGUUUGAAAAACUCAAAGUGACCGUCUCCGACAAUUUAGCAUUCCUCGAGGACCGUCACUUCAGGCAAAGACUCUUCGUCUGCUGGGUUAUCUGGUGCUUCACCGCAAUGUCCUACUACUCUUUGACCAUCAAUGCGGAUCUUCUUCACACGGAUCCAUAUCUCUACAAUCAGAAGACCGCUCGACGUUGUUCCGAUUCUACCUUUCUUCCAGGACUAAUCGAGGCUAUCGGUUACAUCCUUGUGGUGCCCAUCCUCCGACUUGUAGGAAGGCGAGCGGCGGCCUCUACGCUCUUGCUCGUAGCUUCCGGAACUCUCUUCGUUCUCCUCGUUAUCCCACCCGACAUGACUAUUUGCACGCUAAUCACAGCUCUUGCUGGCCGGCUGUGCGUUAGCGGUGUCUUCAGCAUCGUGAUCAUCCACGCGUUCGAGCUGUUCCCAACGGUAACGAGGAAUACCGCGAUCGGCACCAGCUCAACCAUGGCGCAUUUCGGGAGCAUCUUCGCUCCCUAUCUUGUGGAUUUCUUUGUCAUUUAUGGAUGGUGGGUGCCAAGUACCAUUUGCGGACUUGCCCUCUUAAUAGCCGGUUUGGUCGCUCAAACCCUUCCCGAGACCAAGGACCUGCCUCUGUACAAUACGAUGCGGGACCUUACGACAAGGUGUCGUUCCAAUAGAAAAGAACGAGUCAACCUAGGAAACUGUUUGCCUUGUUACUUAUAUGCUUUAUAUAAAACGCGUAUCGACAUACCGUCGACUCAGCAGCGAUCCGUUUCUUCGGCCUCGUCAAAUGUAUACAUAUAAAUGAACGUUCCAAUGGAAAGAUCCGU